AUUAUGUGCCAAAUUCCCAGGUCGAAGGUCUUACUCCCGCUGUACAUCUAUCCAGACCCUGGCGCAUGGGACCCGCUGUUCGCAGCCACCUCUGCCCAUCCAACUCUCGAAUUCAUACUGAUCGUGAACCCUAAUAAUGGCCCUGGUUCGGAGCCGUGGUGGCCCAAUGCAGACUAUGUCCGCGAAAUCCCAAGACUGAACGCGCAGCCCAAUGUACGAAUCGUCGGCUAUGUCUUCACGGCCUACUGCAAGAGACCGAACGAAGAGGUCUGCGCAGAUAUUGCGAAGUAUGCGGAGUGGUCGAAGGACGGAAAAUAUCAGGGCCUUGGCGUAGCCGGUAUCUUCUUCGACGAAACGCCGAACCUGUUUUCGGACGAGGCGAAGACGUACUUGGACGUGAUUACGCAGAGGGUGAAGGACUCGGAAGGCAUUUUGGGCGAUCGAAUAGUGAUUCACAAUCCAGGUACAGCCGUGGAUUGGCGACUGGCGAGUCGAAGGCUGGACAUCGCGACGGUAGCCGAAGUAGCGCAUGCCGAGUUUCAGACGAUGGAGUACCAGAACUGGCUGGCAACUUCGUCUUUCGGGAGAGCAAAAACGAGUUACAUGGUGCAUGGUGUCCCGGAGGAAAAGAUAGAGGAUUUCGUUAGGGUGGUGCGGAAGAUGGCGGAAUACAUCUUUGCGACGAGUCUAAGGGUGAACUAUUAUCAGAGCUUCGGGCCUAGUUGGAACAGGUUCCUCUUUGCGAUGGCGAAGGAGUGAGGAUUGCGCACAUGCGCGCAUGGGACAUGCAUACCAU